GUAAACCAGUGGGAUUGGGAAGCGCGGCAAGGAUGAGAGCAAGUAAGUAUGAUGUGUUGAGAGAAGUGUGGAAGAGUGUGGCUGUGCCAUGUAUAAUUAUAAUGUAUGGUAUGGAUGUGAUUCCAUGCAAUGAAAGUGAAAUUGAUAAGUUAGAAGUGGGCCAGAAUAGAGUAGCAAGGAUGGCACUGAGUGCACCGAGGUGCACAGCAGUUGAAGCCUUGAGAGGUGACAUGCGAUGGAGCACCUUUAGAGAAAGACUGACAAAAGCCACACUUAGGUACAAGAUUAGGUUUGAGAGAAUGGAUGAUGCAAGAAUAUCAAGGAAGGUGUACCUGUGGAAUGAAAGUGGAAGCAAAUGGAGGAAGAGAUGCAUGAGAAUGACCGAUAGGAAUGGAUUGCAAGUUGUGUGGGCGAUAAGAAUGGCUGGGAGGAAUCAAAAUGAGCGUGAAUGGGUGGUAACAAGAGGAGGCUGAGUGGGAGCCGAAUGGGAUGUGAGAAAAUGGAAGAAUGAGAUAGAUAAAGAAGUGAAAUGUGUGGGACUGAAUGAAUGGAAGAAUGAAAUGGAAAGAAAGAAGACCCUGGAAUGGUACAAGGAGAAAGAGGCCCCGAGGUAUGAAAAGUGGUAUGAUGGAAGCCUGGGCGGUGAUCUUCUCUUUCGAGCGAGGGCACAGUGUAUGGAUGUGAAUGCAAGGAGUUACAGGUGGUCUGAGUCCCGCAGCAAAGUGUGCCAGAUGUGUGACAUGGAAGAGGAUGAGACGGUGGAACAUGUGGUGCUGGAGUGUGUGAAGUAUGCCAGAGACAGGAAUGAGAUAAUGCAAGUGAUACUGACUGAGUUAGGGCAUGAUAGGAAUGAAAGAGUGGAGAAGAUAGGUAAGGAAUGGAUGGUGGUGUUGCUGGGACUGUGUAGAGAGGCGAAUGAAAGGAUGAUUGAGGCGGUGAAAGAGUUUCUGGAGAGAAUGUGGCGUGCCAGGUGUAUGAACAAUUAGGAUAGAGGAUGCUGUUCGUAUCUCUUUUUUGUUUUCCUUCUACAGGAGUUGCCGAUCCAAAGGCCUGGCUCAGGAGUGAUCCUGUGCCACCUGUAUCAUCAAGAUCAAGAUCAAGAUGUACCAUUAAGAUCAAGAUCAAGAUCUGGCGCCAAGUUACUUGUGUGUUUUGUUGUCUGUGUCUGUUGGAGCGUCCGCGUGCUGCGUGGUGGUCAGUGGUCAGGUCACGCUGAGUGUGCGGCAGCUUGCGCCUGUGUCUGAGCUGGCCUGGGUCACCUGUGGUCACCUGUCCACUCUGUGUCUGGUGGAGGGAACAGACAAGACGUCAGCGUGAUGGUCAGUGGUCAGGUCACGCUGAGUGUGCGGCAGCUUGCGCCUGUGUCUGAGCUGGCCUGGGUCACCUGUGGUCACGUGCGGAGUGGCGGCGCCUCCCUGGGCUCACCUGAGGGCGUGCAGGUAAUGGUGGGCGGGGAACAAGUAAAUGUCGGGAGGUGAGUGACUAAGGUGGUGGUCACCGUCACUGUUGUUGUGGUUUGUUUGUUUGUUUGUUUGUUUGUUGAUUUCUUUUAUUCCCAAGACGUGGCGGCGCCGCCUGGCUGUCUGCUGGUGCUGCCUGCCUGUGGUCUGACCAUUUUGUCGCGAGUGUUUGGGCGUUGUCCUUUCUGGGGAUUUCCCAGCCCAUACUGAGUGAGGUUAGGUUAGGUUAGGUUUUCUGGGCAAGAUUUUCCCGUCACAGUGGUGGCAGCCACGCAGGACAAGACACACGGUAAUUCUUAAGAAAUACACCUCCACACAUGUCUUAUUAAUCUUUUCCCCUCUCCCCCAACAAGCUUGGGGUCACGUGGGGAAUUGGGUUUGUUUUUGGAGGGGGACAUAAAAGACCGAUAAAUGGACUGAAAAUCUAGGGAAAUUUCCCUAAAAUAAAGAAAAAUUUGGGGUAAAAUUUAAGUUUUAACCAAUACUCCAGAAUAAUUAUAUACCUAUCCUAACCUAACCUAAUCGGGGGGGUUGCUCACUCCAUGAACCCCCCCCUUGCUAUCCGGGGGGGCUGUGCCCCCCCUGGACCCCCCUAAGGUUAAAGCGUCAUUAAACAUCAUAGACUUAGUAGCAUGGACAAAAGCACCCUGCGUGUAAACCAACGCACGAACGCACGCAGUGUAACUUCAGCACGGACAGGUAAGCAGGACGGAUCUCGGGAAUACUGGAGAAACUUUAACAUUGUAUUGUAACCUUAACAUCAACGAGCGAUCAGUAAAACCUUUACAGACUUGUAGCUAUACUACUUACACUUCUUGAAAGCACACCUUAUUGAAAAUAAUCUUGGGUGCGUUGUUCUUAAGAUUUUCCAGACACACACUGUCAGUAAGGUUAGUUUGGUCUCCUGGACAAAAUUUUCCCGUCACAGUGGUGGCAGCCACGCAGGACAAGACACACACCGUCAGUUAGUGUUUUCUGCUUUCUUGUUUUAUUUUUGUUAUUUUGUUAAUUUGUUUAAUAUUGUUUUAUUUGUUUGUCUUGCAGGAGAACAGACGCGGUGAAAGAGCAAGGCCAGACUGGCAAGUCCUCCUGUCCAUUGUGCCCCAGAGCCUCUCAGGUGCAAGGUCGGUGUGCAUCCUUGGUGCAGCCCCAGGGUUCCUGCAGGAACAGCCACGGCCAGGAGCAGCGUUGCAAUGGAGGGUGCGAGGCCAGGCAACAGCAGCAGCAGCAGCAGUAGUAACAGCCUGGAGCAGCAGGUGACCCAAGGCGGGAGGACCUACACUUGUGACCACUGCGGCAAAGUGUGCUCCACCAAGGCUGCCAUUGCCAGACACGUCCUCUCCCAUGCCAGCAAGACAAGGCUGAGAGGCAGGAGUGGCCCCGCUGAACACACUGCCACCCACACUGGUGGCAGGAACCACAAGUGUGACAUCUGCGGGAAGACAUUUGUCCGGAAGAGUCAUCUUGCCUCACACAUCCUCACCCACACUGGGGAGAGAAAGUUCCAGUGCCUGGAGUGUGGGAAAAGAUUUACCCAGGAGAGUCAUCUUGCCUCACACAUCCUCACCCACACUGGGGAGAGAAAGUUCCAGUGCCUGGAGUGUGGGAAAAGAUUUACCCAGGAGAGUAAUCUUAACACACACAUCCUCACCCACACUGGGGAGAGAAAGUUCCAGUGCCUGGAGUGUGGGAAAAGAUUUACCCGGAAGGGUAAUCUGGAGAGACACAUCCUCACCCACACUGGGGAGAGAAAGUUCCAGUGCCUGGAGUGUGGGAAAAGAUUUACCCGGAAGGGUUCCCUUAACACACACAUCCUCACCCACACUGGGGAGAGAAAGUUCCAGUGCCUGGAGUGUGGGAAAAGAUUUACCUGGAAGGGUUCCCUUAACACACACAUCCUCACCCACACUGGGGAGAGAAAGUUCCAGUGCCUGGAGUGUGGGAAAAGAUUUACCAUGAAGGGUUCCCUUAACACACACAUCCUCACCCACACUGGGGAGAGAAAGUUCCAGUGCCUGGAGUGUGGGAAAAGAUUUACCCGGAAGGGUUCCCUUAACACACACAUCCUCACCCACUCUGGGGAGAGAAAGUUCCAGUGCCUGGAGUGUGGGAAAAGAUUUACCUGGAAGGGUUCCCUUAACACACACAUCCUCACCCACACUGGGGAGAGAAAGUUCCAGUGCCUGGAGUGUGGGAAAAAAUUUACCCAGGAGAGUCAUCUUAACACACACAUCCUCACCCACACUGGGGAAAGAAAGUUCCAGUGCCUGGAGUGUGGGAAAAGAUUUACCCAGAAGGGUACUCUUGACAGACACAUCCUCACCCACACUGGAAAGAAGAAGAGAAAACAUCCAAAAUCAUAGCUGUUGCAGUCCCCGGUGACUCCGGCCUCAGUAGAGCUGAAAGGCACAAAACUAGAAAAUAUCACGACCUAAAAAGUGACCUGGGAACAACAUGGUCGCCGAUGGACACAAAAAACAAGACUACUGCCACAAACCAGCUGGCAGUACCAGUAGUGACUUGUGGGUGUGGUGUGGUGUGGUGACUGGCCACAAGACUACUGCCACAAACCAGCUGGCAGUACCAGUAGUGACUUGUGGGUGUGGUGUGGUGUGGUGACUGGCCACAAGACUACUGCCACAAACCAGCUGGCAGUACCAGUAGUGACUUGUGGGUGUAGUGUGGUGUGGUGUGGUGACUGGCCACAAGACUACUGCCACAAACCAGCUGGCAGUACCAGUAGUGACUUGUGGGUGUGGUGUGGUGUGGUGUGGUGACUGGCCAAAAGGUUUAUUCUGAAAUGUAAUCUUGACAAACAUCCUCACCCACACUGUGGUAAGGAAGUACAGGUGUGGUGUUUGUGGCAGUGUUUCUGUAGGAAGAGUGGUGUUGCCAGACACAUCCAAACACUCCUGUGGGGGUGAGGUGUUGUGGAUGUGCUGGUGGUGUGUGAGGGACUUGGAGUGACUAGUGUUUGUGUGUUGUUACUUUGUACUCAAGUGUUGGAAUAAACUUUUGUUGCUAGAA